CCCUCCACAGCCCCUGCGGAGCGAGGGCGAAGACAAGGCUGCCUGGGGCCGAAACCAUGAAUCGGAGUUUCCACAAGUCUCAGACCCUGCGCUUUUACGACUGCGGCGCCGUGGAAGUCAAGAGCAAGUUUGGGGCUGAAUUCCGGAGGUUCUCCCUAGACCGCCACAGGCCGGGCGAGUUCAAGGACUUCUACCAGCUGGUGGUGCAUGCCCACCACCUCACCGGUGCCGAUGUGACCAUAGGCUACGCGGACGUGCACGGCGACCUGCUGCCCAUCAACAAUGACGACAACUUCUGCAAGGCCGUGUCCAGUGCCUGCCCCCUGCUCCGAGUCUUCGUCCAGAAGCGAGAGGAGGCCGACGGCUGCAGCUUCGGAGCGGGUGCCCUGUCCAGAAAGAGGCGGAUGCUGGUGGGCCUGCGCGAGGAGGGUCUACGCCGCCGAGCGCUCCCUGCUAUUGGCCUGCCGCGCGACUUCCGGCCCGUGUCCUCCAUCAUCGACGUGGACAUCCUGCCCGAGACGCACCGCAGGGUGAGACUGUACCGGCACGGCUGCGAAAAGCCCCUGGGCUUCUACAUCCGGGACGGCACCAGCAUGCGGGUGACUGCCCAGGGCCUGGAGAAGGUCCCGGGCAUCUUCAUUUCCCGGAUGGUGCCAGGCGGCCUGGCCGAGAGCACGGGGCUGCUGGCCGUCAACGACGAGGUGCUCGAGGUGAACGGGAUCGAGGUGGCGGGGAAGACGCUGGACCAGGCCACGGACAUGAUGAUCGCCAACAGCCACAACCUCAUCAUCACGGUCAAGCCUGCCAACCAGAGGAACAACGUGGUGCGCGGCAGCCGCACGUCGGGCAGCUCGGGCCAGUCCACGGACAGCACGGCCAGCCCGCAGAGCCUGCCACCCGCGCAGAACUUCCACCCAGACGAGCUGGAGAGCGACGAGGAGGCCGACAUCGUCAUCGAGGGAGCGCUGACGCCGCCGCCGCCGCCCAUCGGCAGCCUCCUGCGCCUCAACAGCCACGGCAGCAUCCACAGACGACUGCUCAGCUCCCUGCAGGCCGACCCCCGCCACAGCCUGGCGCUGUCCCCCGGCGGCAUCGAGGAGCAUGGGCCGGCCGUCACCCUCUAGCAGCGGCUCGUGCCCGCGGCGACGGGCGGGGCGGGGGCGCGCUUCCCCGCGGACGUGGUGCGGACAAGGGGCGGAGCAAGCGUGGUCUCCUGCCCCGCCCCGCACGGUGCCCGGCUCCCUGGAAAACGCCCCGGAAGGGGCUGAGCGGUGCAGAGAACACCUCCCUGGGGUCCCCAGGAGGGAAGCUUUAAAAGCUUCCACCUUUCAAAGUGAACGCUGACAGACCAGUCUGGGCACCAGGGCGCCAGCCUACCCCUGGGGCCAGACGCAGGGCGAGCAGGGCGAGCGAGCCGCGAGUUGGUGACGUGCAUGCGUGCUCCUGCGGGGCGUCUGCCGUGUGGCAGAACAGCGCUCACAUGGACUUAAGUUCCCGGUCAUCUGCGUAUUUGGUAACUUUAAGGAGUUACACGUGUCUGCUCCAAUGAGGUUUUACAUGAACUGGAUUUUCUGUUGGAAUCCACUGUCAGGGAGGAAAAUGUACAUUCAAACGUCCACCACUAAACUUGGACCAAAUAAAGUUACCGUUCACACGGUGAAGACACUCCCAGAACGCGCUGCCCUGUGUCACGAGCUCACAGGACAGAAAACUCGGGGGUCCACGUAUUCAUUUUUUUCCUGAAUUCAUUCAGUGAAGAGCUUUUUUUUUUUUCCUUUUGGGAAACAGCUGUUGGGCGUAAACAGCUGUGACAGUAAUUGUGGUGCCUUGCACUUUUGCUCGCUCCUCCAACAAGCAAGGGGGGCGGUGCUGCGCUGAUGUUCCCCAAACCCGAGGUGCCCCCGAAAGGUAACAGCGUCUUCACUUGACGACGACGCGAUGCGAUUUUUACUAAGACAAGUAUUAUUGAACCAAAACUAAUGCUUAGUUACUGCCACAAACGAAAGGCCCUUUUACUAAGUUAUUGCUGGUUUUCUUAGCAUCUUGUUGAAUACCAAGAAGGAAAGUUCUAUUUCUUACUGCUUUAAGUUGUUAAGCAAAUGUGAAUAUUUUUUAAAAGGAAAGAAACGAGGCUUACUCUGAUACCUGUACAUUCCUGUUCAUAAUUCUGGAAGUUAUGAGCGGCUUGGGUGUGUUUCUCUACCCUGAUCUGUACUGUGCUGUUAUGUUAACAAACUUACUGUGUAUGUAUUAAAAUUUUCCUGGUUUUAUAUAUCAAAGAAUAAAAACUUGCUUCUAAGUUAACAAAA